UGCGCAGCAGCUGUACUCUUUGUUAUUCAGUAUGGCGCUGAGUAAAACAUUUGGGCAGAAACCUGUCAAAUUCCAGCUGGAGGAGGAUGGAGACUUUUACAUGAUCGGCUCGGAGGUGGGGAACUACCUCCGUAUGUUCAGAGGCUCACUGUAUAAGAGAUAUCCGUCGUUAUGGAGGAAACUGGCAUCUGUAGACGAGCGGAAGAAGAUUGUGGAGUCAUCACACGAUCACGGUUACACUCAGCUCGCCACCAGCGUGACUCUGCUGAAAGCCGCGGAGGUCGAGGAGAUCCUGGAAGGAAACGAUGAGAAGUACAAAGCUGUCUCCAUCAGCACAGAGCCGCCCGCCUACCUCAGGGAACAGAAGGCAAAGAGGAACAGUCAGUGGGUUCCUACGCUGCCCAACAGCUCUCACCACCUGGACGCUGUGCCCUGCUCCACCACCAUCAACCGCAGCCGACUGGGACGCGACAAGAAGAGGACUUUCCCUCUGUGCUUUGACGACCACGACCCAGCAGUGAUCCACGAGAACGCCACUCAGUCCGAAGUCCUGGUUCCGAUCCGUCUGGACAUGGAGAUCGAGGGACAGAAACUCAGAGACGCUUUCACCUGGAACAUGAACGAGAAGCUGAUGACGCCCGAGAUGUUCGCUGAGAUCCUGUGUGACGACUUGGACCUGAACCCGCUGGCCUUCGUCCCCGCCAUCGCCUCGGCCAUCAGACAGCAGAUCGAGUCGUAUCCGACAGACAGCAUCCUGGAGGAGCAGACGGACCAGAGGGUCAUCAUCAAGUUGAACAUCCACGUGGGCAACAUCUCUCUGGUGGACCAGUUCGAGUGGGACAUGUCCGAGAGGGAAAACUCUCCGGAGAAGUUCGCUCUGAAGCUUUGCUCCGAGCUCGGCCUGGGAGGAGAGUUUGUCACCACCAUCGCGUACAGCAUCCGAGGUCAGCUGAGCUGGCACCAGAGGACGUACGCCUUCAGUGAGAACCCGCUGCCCACGGUGGAGAUAGCCAUUAGAAACACAGGCGAUGCUGACCAGUGGUGCCCCCUGCUGGAGACGCUGACAGACGCAGAGAUGGAGAAGAAGAUCAGAGACCAGGACAGAAACACGAGGCGAAUGAGGCGACUGGCGAACACGGCUCCUGCGUGGUAAACGACGUCGGCAGCGUCGGCGCCCCCUGCAGGACAAGAUGCUCCUCCAUCCUGACGUCCUCUCCGCUCAGCCCGGUCCUCAAUCAGCCGCUCAGCGUUGUCCUCCUGUUUGUUUUUUGUUUUUUUAUUAAUAAUAUUCGGUUCUUGUUUGGAAACCCCCCCCUCUCUCUCUCUCUCUCCUCCUCCUCCUCCUCUUCCUCCCUGAUAGAAAACAUCCCUCCCUCCUUCGUGUUUCCCUCGUGGAGAAGCUGCUCUUUCACUUUGACCACUGACUCUUAUUUACCAGAGGGGAGAAUUAAAAAAAAAAAAAAAAAAUCACACAAACCAGUCUCAGAUAAUAUAUUGUUUUGUUGUAUUUGUUGUCUUUUUGUACAUUUUAAUAAUUCUUACAAAAUAAAAUAAAAAGUGAAUGAGCUUGA